GCGCAGCACUGGCGUAUGAGGGGAAAAUGUAUCGUCUCGGCCAACAGUCUAUCGCUAAGAUCGCCUUCGAUUCCCUUUUUUCCACUGUGCCACGGGAGCAUUUUCACUUUACUAGACAAUACAAUAAAAGCUGGUCGUGUAUUGGCUGAUUUUGGGUCAAAUUUCACUUAAAUCUGCACGAAAAUGCCAAGGACCAAGAAGAAGAAUAGCAAGGGGGGCCAGCAUGGAGCUGUGCAGCCUUUUAGUGAUGAGGACGCCUCCAUUGAGACCCUCAGUCAUUGCAGCAGCUUCAGUGACACAGCCAGUGUAGCAGAUGAAGGUGGAGAGGCCAGCGAGGACACAGCCCAGGAGGAUUUUCAGUACAAGCUGAAAGGGUUCAUAGACAGCACUGUGGAUAAGAGUGCCAAGACGAGACAAGGAGCUUUGGAUGGGCUUAAGACGGCAAUGGCCACACGCAUCUUGUAUGAGUUCAUCUCGGAGAGAAGGAUGACCAUCACUGACAGCAUCGAGCGUUGCCUGAAGAAAGGUAAAGGGGAGGAGCAGCGAGCGGCGGCUUCUUUAGCCUGCCUCCUGUGCAUUCAGCUGGGCUCWGGGAUCGAGAGCAAGGAGGUGUUCAACACCCUGAAGCCCAUAUUCAAAAACCUCCUGGCAGAUGGAUCGGCCAACAUCCAAGCCAGACAAGCUGUGGCGACGAGCCUGGGGCUCUGCUCACUUGUUGCAGAGGAUGAUAUUUUGGAUGUGCAGGCCACGAUGGAAUGUUUCGAGAACCUGUUCACCCGGUCCUACGCCAAGGCGGACGGUACCUGUCCGAUGAUUAAUCCGCAGACGAGCCAGCUCCACAUCAACGCCCUUCUGUCCUGGGCACUGCUGCUCACCAUCUGCUCAGCCAAUCAGCUCAAAGACAUCCUGCAUAAACACCUGUCCAAACUGCAGCGGUUGCUGGAGAGUGAUGACGUCAACAUGAGGAUUGCUGCGGGGGAGACGAUUGCUCUGCUCUUUGAGCUGGCCAGGGACAUCGACCCAGAGUUUGAAUUCGACGGCUGGGAUGAACUGUGUGAGAAGCUGACGGCACUGGCCACGGACUGCAACAAACACCGAGCCAAGACAGAUAAGAGGAAGCAGCGCUCAGUGUUCAGGGACGUGCUCAAGGCUGUCGAGGAGGGAGAUUUCCAAACGGAGACGAUUCGCUUUGGAACGGAGCGUGUAACCAUCGACAGCUGGGUCAGGAAGAGGACCUAUGAUGCUUUCAGAGAGUUUGUGGGCUCUGGGAUGAACUACCACCUACAGGCGAAUGAAUUCAUCAGAGAGGUGUUUGAACUGGGACCACCCAUUUUGGUUGAUUCAGCUACAAUGAAGGCCAUGAAAAUUUCUCGCUUUGAAAGACAUCUCCACAACUCUGCUGCGUUCAAGGCUCGGACCAAGGCCAGAAGCAAGUUCAGAGACAAGAGGGUGGACGUGGGGGAGUUUUAAUCUACUUUUUGUUAACUUUUAAUAGGUUUAUUUAUUAAGUUUCCUUUUCUUUUUUAGAUAAGCAGCCACUACUUGGUGUUGAUGUAAUUGUUUACUCUCAGUCUGUAAUGAAUCUUGACCUCAUACAGAUGUAGGUUUUUUUCCCAGCAGCUGUGCGUUUUGAAAAACGGGAUGUUUUGUCCCAGACCAACAGGAAGUGGUUAAUGCUGUGUGAUAGAAAAGUGUAUAUAUUUGUGUAUUUUCUUGUUUUGAUGUUUAUUAUAUUUUCUUUUCCUGAACAUUUUUAGUAAUUUAUAAUUAUUUUUUCUGAUAUUUAAAUACAUUGUGACUAACCCUUAUUUCUGAAGAAUCUUAGUGGUAUUGGCUUUAGUUGURGUUCUGUUUUUGGAAAGGAUGGUGGAAUAAACUCUGAAAUG